AAGGAAUAUAUGGUGUUUGGUGCUUGUUGUUCUGCUAAUGGUUACUUUAUGAUUCAGUUUUUCUUAUAUUCUGUUUCCCUUUAUCUAAAUUAUAACCUUCUUUUCUAUUAUUAGGAAACUGGCUUUAAGGCAUCACCCUGAUAAGAACCCAAAUAACCCAGAAGCUGCUGAGAAAUUCAAGGAGAUCAACAAUGCCAACUCCAUCCUCAGUGACGAGAACAAACGUGGCAUCUAUGACCAAUACGGCUCAAUGGGUCUCUCCAUAGCAGAGCAGUUUGGUGAAGAUGCCGUCAAGUACUACUUCCUUAUGUCCAAGUGCUGGUUCAAGACCCUGUUUUGCUGCUGCACCAUCUUCACCUGCUGCUGCUGUUUCUUCUGCUGCUGUUGCUGCUGUGGAAGGUGCAAAACUCAGCAGGAAGACGAAUACUUUAUGGACCCAGAAGAUCUGGAGGCGGAUUUUAAUGAACAGGAAGCAGCACGAGACCAUGUAGUAAUUAAUCAGCCCCGCUGCAAUGAGGACUCAGCUGAGAACACAACGAUUGUGCUUCAGCCUAUGGCUACCAACGGCACCUCAAGCCCUGGAGAGACCCGGACCAUGGCUCUGUCCACAGUCGAUUGAGCGAGUCGGCCCGUGGAUGAGUAAGCCUUUAAAAAGGAGAGCUUUGAAUCUUUUUGGACUAGGUGUGGGAGUGAGGUCCCACCUGCAGCUUUCCUAAUUAAUUCAGAUCAACUUAUUCUGCAGAUUUUCCUGGGACUGAGGAACAGGAAACGCCCCAAUAAGACGCCUUUCUGUUUACGUGAAUGUUGGUACUGCCAAAGGGUUGUUUUGUGUUUAUUUCCCCAUAAGAUCAUGUGUAUAUAAUUUUUUUUAAAUAAAAACUUGUUUAUAUCUGUAAUAUUUUCGUGCAAAAAAUGACAAAGCCAUGCAGAUCAAAGCAACUGAUCUCUUGUUAAACAUUUUUUUUUUUCUUGUGCACUUUAAACCAACAGUUUAGUGUUAAAAGUUCUCAUGGUGAUUUAAGAAUGUCUCUGCUCAGGAUUCCCUAAAUGUUGAAUGUUGUUUCUAUUUUAACACGCUGCUUUUACAUUUUAAGGCCAAACCACUUGUCUUCCUGUACAUGCUAACAUGCUGGAGAAUGAAUUAAUAAGUGAAAGCUUUGGGUGGACACAUCAGGUUGUGAUGGUGGCACAGGUCUAUCCAAGACAAACCGCUUUUUAUUUUGAAUCGUCUUUCUGUGAUGGUUGGAUCCUACUGAUUUCGAUCCACUUUUUCCUCUGCAUGCAAAGAUUUUAAGAGUUGUUCUUCCUGCUAAUUAUAUGUGAUCAAACCUCACUUUAGCCAAAAUGUUUUCAGAUCAUUACUGACAUCUUUUAUUACGCUGGUUUUAAUUAGCCGGCUCUAAAAGGUGUUAUUUACUUUGCACAGGGUUCCUUGUUCAGCUGUAGCAUGGCUUGAUUUUGUAAGUGUUACACAUGGGCCAGUUUGAGAUUCUCAGGGUACGUUAACCUGGAGUAAAAACACAAGGUUUGCGCAGGAUUAAAAUAUAUAUAUAUGAUAUUUUUAUUUCAUUUAUCUAUGUAGUUUUAAGCAAAAGUAUGAAAUAAACAUUGGAUUCAGGAAACUUAGAAAAAAACAAACCUUUUUCUCAGCUCAUCACUUCCAUUUCUCUGCACUUAUCGUCGCCUUGCUAGAAUUAUUUUCAAAAAUCCCACUAAUUCCUUUUAUUUUUUAAAUUAUUUUAAGCCUCCUGACUGGCAGUGUGCUGCACCAGCUGGGCUGAAACUACUGUCUCUCUUGCACUUUCCUUUCAUGAUGAGGAUUUUGAACUAGGAAAUGAGUUGAAAUGUUAGCGGUGUUAAAAUAAAUCAUUUUAAAAGUCUUGACAUACCUUGAAACCUGUAAUCAGUCUGUGCCUUAUGGGGGAAAAACAGAAAAUCCAGUUUAUUGGUAGACGCUUCCAAAAGCCGCCUGCAGGGGGAGUCAGAGGCCUGCUUUCCAGUAUUUAUUUUCUUUCUUUAAUUGAGGCUUGAGAAAAUGGCAGCUGUCGCUGCCUCUGGUUCUUAGAUUUACUAUAGCAGCUUGCAGAGUUAUUACUGGAUUAAAGAUCCAUGUGCCUUUUUGUUUACGUUAAUCAAUCAAGGCAUCAGUGAUUCUUAGUGAUCACCACAACAGGCAAGUAAGAUUAACUGGAUCUGUGAUAUUCCUGCCAUUUUUUGAAGAAAGUUGUGUUUUUUUUCUGUACUUAGAUCAUUAAGCAUCAUUUUUAUUUGAUGGUUUAACUUUAAACUGUAAAUUUUAUCUCUUAAUCCUGGUGAUGGGAUCAAAUAAAUUAUUUUUCUACUCUUUGUGGUGUUUGGUAAGUUAUUCAGGGCUCUGUUUUUAAUUAGAGGUUUUAUGGCUGUAAGAUGUUAAAUUAUAUUUAUGAUUUAUAUUUAUGAUUUAUUUUUGCCUCAUAUGGACAUAUUUG